AAAUUUCCGUUUGACACUGGGUUUAAACAGUGUGCUUGAAUCAUUGUAGGAGUUGACAUGAAUUUCCUGCUCUUCAUUAUAAUAAAGUAUAUUCUAAAAUUUCAGUUACAAAAUUAAAUACCGAAAAAAAUUGAGAAAAAAAAUUGGAAGAAUUUCAUUAAAUAUUUACCAACUCGGUCGUAGAUAUUAUUGAAAAUUACAAAAAAAAAAAAAAAAAAAUAUGAAGCACAUUCACCUGAGCAUUUUACUAUUUACCUUUGUCGAGUUUACGCAACAGUCAAUAAACUAUCGAUUGCCAAAUGCCACAAAACCACUUCAUUAUAAAUUAAAAUUCGAACCGCACCUGUCUAAGGAUAAUUUCACAUUUGACGGUGAAGCAGAAAUUCUCGUCGAGAUUUUAAGUAAAACAAAUAAUAUAACAUUACACUCGGUGAAUUUAACGAUAUUUGAGGAAGAAACUUUUCUCAUUGGCGAAGAAGAAAAUAAUAAUAAUAACAAUUUUUCACAGCCAAUUGAACAUAUUUAUGAGGAUGAAAGUGAAUUUUUCAUUUUAAAAUUUGACAAUCAAUUGCAACCGGGAAAUUAUACGUUAAUGAUAAAAUUUACAGGCGCAAUGAAUGAUGAACCUCGAGGAUUUUUUUGGGAUUCUUAUACGAAUGAUAACAACGAAACUAUAUAUUUGUCCGCAACUCAAUUUGAAACGAGUUUUGCACGCAUGGCUUUUCCCUGCUGGGACGAGCCAGCUUUAAAAUCGACUUUUGAAAUUUCAAUCAAGCAUUUUUCAAAUUAUACAGCUCUCUCGAAUAUGCCAAUGGAAACAAUCAUUUCUGAUGAUGAUGAUGAUGAUAAUAAUGAGAAAAUUUGGACAAUUUUUCAAAUUACACCUCUAAUGUCCACGUAUUUAGUUUGCUUUACAGUCACGAAUUUUGUCAAUAUUUCCCAUGUUGAAGGUAAUUUGACAAUUUGGUCACGUAAAGAUAUUAUUGAUACCAUGAAUCUUGGACUUGAAAUUGCAUCACGUGCUUUGACAGUUUUGGAAGAGUACACUGGUAUUCCAUAUGAAUUGCCAAAAAUGGAUAUUAUUGCAAUUCCAAAUUAUAUUCAUGGUGCAAUGGAAAAUUGGGGAUUGAUUGUUUUCAAAGAGGAAUAUCUUUUGAGAAACGACAGCUCUUUAGAAAGCGACAUAUUGAAAACGUACAAAUUUAUGGUUCAUGAAGUUGCCCAUCAGUGGUUCGGAAAUCUGGUUACUCCGGCUUGGUGGGAUGAUUUAUGGAUAACGGAAGGACUUGCUUCUUAUCUUCAUUAUUUUCUGACAGACAAGGUCUUUAAUUUUCCAAGAAUGAUGGACCUUUUUGAAGUCAGCAAUACAUUUAAAGUCUACGAAAAAGACGAACAACUUUCUCUACCUUUAUUUCGCAAUGUGACAUCAUCAAGGGAAUCGCAUAAUCUUUUACUUGGAGUGCACGACAAGUCUGCUACAAUGAUGCACAUGCUAAGUAGUUUAAUGUCAAAGGAAGUUUUCCAAACAGGAUUAAGAAAACUUUUACAAAAAUACAGGUAUGGAACAAUAACAACUGAUGAUUUUUGGCAAACAUUACAAGAAUCAUUGAAUGAUUCAAAUAAAAUAAUAAUGAAUAAUAAUUUUGAAAUAAAAAAAGUAAUGGAAUCUUAUAUAUCACAAAUAGGAUAUCCUGUGAUUAAUAUGUCGCGAAAUUAUACAAGCGGUACAAUAACAUUGUCACAAGAAUGUAUAAUUUGUCCGGAAAAUGAAACAGAAUCAAAAUUUUGGAUUCCAAUUAAUUUUGCGAAAAGUUCGUCAUUAAAUUUUUCAUCUACAAUUGCAAAUUAUUGGUUGAGUCCUGAGGAGAAGGAAUUAAUUAUUGAAGGAAUUUCACCUGAUGAUUGGAUUAUUUUUAAUAUACAAAAUAGUGCCUAUUAUCGUGUAAACUAUGAUCAACAAAAUUGGGAGAUCAUAUCAAAUUUUUUGAAUUCGAAGAAUUUUUCCCAAAUUCACAUUUUAAAUCGAGCUCAAUUAUUAGACGAUGCAUUUUGGCUUUUUAAACAAAAUAAACUUGAUAGAGAUUUUCUUUUAAAUCUCACAUUAUACAUGGCACGUGAAGUAGAUUACAUUCCAUGGGUUGCAUGUGAUGCAAUUUUACUUUAUUUUCAAACACAAAAUGACACACUAAACUUUAAGGAGUACACUUUGAAUUUAGUGGAGGCCCUUGUCGAAGAUUCGGGUGUCGAUCAAAAAGAAAGUGACGAUAUUUUUACAGUUUUUAAACGAUUUAUUGGCACCUAUUGGAGUUGUGCUGCUGACAGACGUUAUUGUAGUAAAAUCAAAUGGUAAUUUACUUAAUAUAAUAAAGUGACAAAGCUGAAUUUAUAUAAAUUAAUAUUAUAUUUUAUUCAUGGAAUAUAAAAGAAAUAAAAAAGCAAUUAAAA